AUGGUUAGAACGAGAGGUUUACGUCGUUCAUUAGGUAGGGGUAUAGGCAGAGCCUGGGGUGGACUGGAUGAGCAUCAUCCAGAUGAUGUUCCUCGACGAAGUAGGCCUACCGCAUCCGUCCGCAGGCAACAGGUACGUGUUUCUGUUCCUGAGGAGGUUGCUGAUAUGACUAAGGAUGUUCCUCAGAUGACUGAGGAUGUUCCUCUGAUGAUUACGGGCGUACCUGCAGCUGGUGUAGAGGGCUUAGUUGCUGAUGAUGUUGUUGUAGGAUCAGUUGCUGAUGAUGCUGAGGGAUUCCCAGGUGGGCCAUGUGACCCAUCAGUGCUGACUUCGUUUCCUGAUCAUGUUGCACACAACAUAUGGACUAGAGAUGAACGUCCUGACAUGAAGUUGGCCUCCCACGGUAGGAAGGUUGAGAAAAUUGGGAGGCCAACACCUAAGAUCGAAGGGCUAGUCGCUGCCACAGGAUUAAGCCCUUUGAUCGGGCGCUUAGUAGUAACCGGCGAUCUGGGACUUAUAUCUGCACUUGUGGAGAGGUGA